AUGCACCGCCAACAGCCUAUCCAUUCCGACAGGCUAGAAGACGACGAACUUAGUUCCGGCCUGGUCAAAUGGAGUCCUUCGGGGCGUCAACGUGCUAUCAUGGCGACAGCCUCCAUCUUGUCACUCAUGGUCGCCCUCGACGCCUGUAUCAUUGUGACUUCUUUACAAGCCAUCGUGGCGGACCUCGCGCUCAGCACAUACGAUGGCUUCUGGAUAGGGACGGCGUACCUCCUGGCGAACGCCGUAAUGAUGCUGUUCAUUUCGGACGCAAGCCGCGUGUUCGGUAGGCGGCCAUGUCUGACCGUCUCGGUCGCCCUGUUCGCUCUCGGUACCAUCUUCUGCUGCGUUGCGCAUUCGAUCGGCUUCAUGUUGGUUGGGAGGUCUCUUCAAGGCGUGGGCGGUGCCGGCAUCAUCGUCUUGUGCCUGUUGAUUUUCACCGACUUCGUCCCUUUGCCCGUUCGGCCAACGUGGUACGGCUUAGUACAGGCAGCAUGGGCAUUGGGCAACUGCGUUGGGCCCAUACUGGGCGGCGUCAUUGCUCAACACACAACGUGGCGUUGGGUCUUCUACAUCAUGUUCCCAUUUUGCAAACUAAAGAAGAUGGACUGGCUAGGAAACUCUCUGUUUAUUGGCUCGGCCACUUUGUUGUUGGUGGCCGUCUCCUGGGGAGGCUUGCGCUACAGCUGGGGCAGCGCCGGCACUCUUGCACCGUUGUUGCUCGGGGUACUCGGCAUGGCGCUGACUAUGAUCUACGAGUCACGCUUCGCAGCCUUACCGUUCUUGCAGCGCCGACUUUUCCAAACCGCCAGCUCCGUCGCGACGUAUGCUUGCGGCGCCAUCCAAGGCCUCGUGAUGUAUGGGCAGCUUUAUUACGUGCCCCUUUACUUUAUGGACGUCAAAGGCUUUACCCCGGUCCAGACCGGCAUCGCACUCUUCCCGGUCAUGUUCACGCUGGUGCCGGUAUCGAUCAUCACCGGUCGACUCGUCACGGUACUCGACAACUACCAGUGGCCGAUCUGGGUCGGCUGGACUCUGGCUACGAUUGCCUCCGGGCUGAUGAUGCUGUGGGAUGUCGACACGCCAACGAAGGUAUGGGCGCCGACGCUCGUCCUCCUUGGUCUUGGCCAUGGCUGCAUCUUGAACGCACAGAACAUGGCAUCGCAAGCUCUCUGCGGCAAGGACGACGAAGCCAUCGCCGCAGCGAUGUAUGCCUUUCUCCGACAGUUUGGCAUGGCACUCGGAGUCGGCGUGGGCGGUUCCACCUUUCAGAAUGUGGUGCUGCGCAAGUUGGAAGACGAUGGCUUGGCACCCGCAGGGACGCACGGAGGUACCCAUGCUCUAUCCGCCAUGUUGAGCGCUGUCGGCGACGCUGGGCUGCGAUCCAAGAUCGUAGAUGCGUACGUCUACGGCCUGCGUGGCGUCUAUGGAUUGUAUGUCGGCGUCUCCGGACUGGCGCUCUUGAUGAGUCUCUUCAUCAGGAGCGCGUCAAUGGAUAGACGCCUACGAACUGAGCACGCGUUGCACACUCAGGUGACGGGCCGCGGAAGUAUUCACGGCUCCAGGAGUUGA